GCUUGGCUUGGACACCCGCUCACACCUUAUCUCCUGUGAUGCAUGCACAACUGUGUUGCACUAUCCAUAGUAUUUCGGAGACAGACUGUCACGAAGCGAGAUGGAGAAAACAGACGUUUGGAGCUGGUUGCCUACCAGUUAUGCAGUACAACAGAACGCGUAGGCCGCUUUGUUCUCAGAGGAGACAACAAGAUGACAAACAAUAACCUGAAUAAGCUGUUGGCUUUUUGUGUAUUAUUUUGUGCUCAGAAAACAUCCAUCGUGCAUGGUGCACAAGCUUUGGAAACUAAAGUGGCUCUGCUGCUCCACGCUGAGCCAGAGAAUCCAAAGUGCUUUGCUGAAGGGAUGUCAGAUCUCACCUGCUUCUGGGAGGAGGAUGAGGAAAGGGCUGGCUCUGCUGACCAAUACUCAUUCAUAUACACAUACCAGAAUGAGAACAGCAGUGAGUGUUCCGUAACUGCCCUACCAGCAGCAGGUGGCAAGAGGCUGUAUUUUUGCAGGUUGUCCCAGACUCAAUUAUUUGUGCCCCUUGACAUCCGGGUGUUUCGGGACGACCUGCUGAUCCACAACCGCAGUCUCUUCAUUGAAGUUGUCUUCCUGUUAGACCCGCCUGCCAAUCUGACAUUGACGAGUACAGGGAUGCAGGGGCAGCUGAAGGCCCGCUGGCUGCCUCCCUCUCUCAAGUACAUGGGUGACAGCAUGAUGUACGAGGUCAGCUACGCCAUGGCAGGGAGCCACAUUGGAAAGGUGGAGGAGGUGCAAGCCAGCUCUGAGCUCAUCUUGCGUGGUCUGCAGUCAGGCACUAAGUACAAGGUGCGCAUUCGUGUCAAACUGGACGGCAUCAGCUACAGCGGCUACUGGAGCGCCUGGACUGACCCGGUACUGAUGGAAACAAUGCCUGGUGACUUGGACCCUCUCAUCGUGUCCCUGAGUCUCAUCAUCUCUCUCGUCCUCACCCUGCUGUCUCUCCUUGUGCUCAUGUCUCAUCGCAGGUUCCUGUUGAAGAAGAUCUGGCCAAUCAUUCCCACCCCUGAAAGCAAGUUCCAAGGCCUCUUUAAGGUUUAUGGCGGUGACUUUCAGGAGUGGUUGGGCCACAGCACUGGAGGCUUAUGGUUGAGGCCAACCUACUUCUACUCCGAGGAAUUCCCUGCGCCACUAGAGGUGCUCUCAGAGGUUAGCCUUGGUCCCGUCUUACCCAGCUCCGCUUUGCCGCCCAAGGCCUCAGAGGCACUUGGUGAGGAGGAGGAUGAAGACAAGAAGCUAAAGAGGGUGGAUCCUGCAUUGAUGGAGGGGUGGAGAGAAACCCCCCAGGAGCACUGGCCGAUGGACCAGCUCCGGGAUAUUCAUCAGCACCCUGCACCCUGGACCCAGUCUUCUCUACUGGAGUCCCAUGAUGCCUAUGUCACCCUCAAUGCUCAGAACCACAGUCUGGAGGAGCCUCUGGACGACAUAUUGGAAGAAACCUUGCCCCUGCAGGUUCUCUUUGCCUCUGGAAGGACAUCCUCUGAAUCUCGAUCAGACUUGGGCUCCGUCCAACAGAGCUCAGGAUCUGGCCGCCUCUCGUCCCAGUCCAGUUUUGAGUACCCAAACCACACCUGGCCGUCCAAGGGCCCCGGGUACACUUACAUGGCAGUGGCCGACUCAGGCGUCUCCAUGGAUUACAGUCCGAUGAGCUCGAAUAAGACCGAUGACAUUGGGAAGGGAGUUAUCUAUACCAAUGAGUACAAGAACGAGAUCCCUGCACACAGAAGACCCAUAGGUACGCCCAUCCACUUUGCAUUCUGAAUUAUGUUACCGGCUAUGAACUGAGGCUUAAAGGUCCAUUGAAGCUGAAAAACAGUUGGGAUGUUUGGCCAAGGCUUCUACAUGGACUCCAUCUUCUUGUCAGUGGAAUGUAAAAAGCCAAGGUGUAGGCUACUCUCAUAACUAUGAGAUAACAGACAAAGCAACAUUUAAGCUGAAAGGCUUUGGUGAGGAAAAGUCAAAAGUAUCCCUGAUAAGGAUUUCAUACUUCUUUGGAUGUCACAAGCUCAUUCUCACAAUAUCCCAUCAAACAGAAGGCAGCUGCUUGAGAAAUACAUGAACAACUAAAACACUCUAAAGCUGAUAUUAUACAACACGUGUAAUGUGUAUAUUCUUAAAUCACUGGAUCUUGUAGGUCAAUUUAUAAGGUUAUUUUCUAUAUUUUUAUUGGAAUAACUAGAUAAAGUUGACACUUAAAUUGUAAAUAUUGUGUUUGUCUAUUGUGUACUGUACAAGAGUAUCACUAAGAUGUAGCCAUGGUCUUAACAUGAAGCUCCUGCGGGAAUGAAGAGGUGCUGUAGGAUGUGCAGGAAUGUGUUUAGGCAAUGUGUCACAUUUCAGUAUGAUGCUAUUGUACACCUCUUGCUUGCAAUGCUUAGAUCAACAAAGGUUGUAAAAGUCAUGAUGGUUCCAGUGUAUGAAUGUGUGUAUAGGAUAAAGUAAUCCUUCUCACCCCCUAAAAGACCUAGAUGCACUAUUGUAAAGUGGCUGUUCCACUGGAUGUCAUAAGGUGAAAGCACCAAUUUGUAAGUCGCUCUGGAUAAGAGCGUCUGCUAAAUGACUUAAAUGUAAAUGUAUAUCUGUCUAAUUGUCACCUCGUUGAAUCUUACAUAUUAUCAUACAUUUUGAGAGGCCAUAAUUGCUGAAACUGUAAAUAAUUCAAAUGUUAUUUUUUUGGUUUAAAUAAACACCAGUUUGUUGAAAAUGUAGGUAAUUCCUCCCACCCAACAAACAAAAAUUGUGAUUUGGCUAAAUGCAUGGGUAGAUUGAAAAAAGCUUGUCACAUUUUAAGUUGUCCAUUGGUAAAGAAUACAGUUGUAUGUAUAGGCACAUGUGAAUAUGACAAUUCAAUGUGGUAGGGUCGGCAUACUCAACUCUGACCCUACAAGGUCCGGAGCCUGCUGGUUUUCUGUUCUACCUGAUGAUUAAUUGCACACACCUGGAGUCACAGGUCUAAAUCAGUCCCUGACUAGAGGGGAACAAUGCAAACAGAGUUGAACUGGCUUCGAGGUCCAGAGUUUAGUUUGAGGGUGGUAAAGUAUCGCAAUAUUCUUACCAUGGCAAAACUAUAACAAAGCAUAUUAAAAUCUUUGGUCCUUUAAAAGCCUGCUAUAUGUAAAAUAUUAUGCUCUAUAGCUUGGAAAAUAAAUUAACGUGGAUGACAACAAAAUGAUUUGUUUCCAGGAUUGGGGUGGUUUUCCUAAAGAAGUAAAAUCUGUUUCGUGUUUUGUUUCUUUGCCAAGAUAGUGGUAUCGUCCCAUUCCUUAGAAUGUGGACAGUAGUUGAGUACCCUGGCAUUGGGGAAAAGGGUAUUUGACGUCAUAACAAGUGAAGUUCACUAUUUUCCUUAUAUGACUGACCUAGAUCUUAGCAUAAUGAGAUGAGGUUCUGAUCUGUCCAGAUAAGAUGAGGAGCACAAUCCCCUCACAGAACACAGGUAUAGAACAUAGCCUAGUAAAUAAGGGAAAAUCUUUUAAAAACAACCCAUGUGAAAAUUUGUUUAGAAUAAAGGCUCCAAUCAAACAUGUUUUGUUUAUUUUUAGUUUACUAACAUUUGGAAUAUGAACGACCGUAGUUCCUAAUUUGUCUAUCUUUAACCCCUUUGCUUUUCAGUUAUUUUUAGUGUUCAUUUCUAAACAAACUGGUGAAUGUUUCCUGACUUUUUCAUUACAUGUUAUGAUAAUACUGUGAUGAUUACCUAUACGAAACUUCUGACAACCUAUCAUUUCUGUAACUCAGUAUCUCUUUAUGGUCAACAAAAAUUUCAAUAUAAUGCCUGAAAUAUAACAAAUGUUAAUCAAUUCUGAUGCGCUUCUAUAUUUGAUAUCUUCACAAUAUUGUUUUUCUUGUACUAAUACGAUUUAAAAAAUGUAUGGCAUUAAAGCAAAUUAAAUGUUAUUGGUCACAUAUACAUAUUUAGCAGAUGUUAUUGUGGGUGUAGCGAAAUGCUUGUAAACUGUGCACCAUUUGAUGUACUUGCUGUCCUUUAGUUGAGAAAAAUGUGGGGAGACAUUCUAAUUGUCCCUGACAGCUAAUAGCUAUAGAUGGUUUGGUUGUUUAGCAAUAAAACCGACAGGUGCCCAACUAUGUGGCAAAAUCGACAGGGUUGGCUUAGAUUGUUGACAACAUGUACACUAUAUUUUGUCUCCAAUUUUUAUUGAAAACAUAAAUAAAGUUGUGCAAUGAGCA